AUUUAUUAAAUGAUAUUCACCGUGCAGGCUCGCGUGCACGAAGAAUUGGAUGGAAUUUUUGGCGAUAGCGACAGACAAUGUACAUACCAAGAUACUUUAGAAAUGAAAUAUCUCGAAAGAGUUAUUAUGGAAACUUUGAGACUUUUCCCACCGGUACCUCUGAUUGCCAGGACAGUUAAUGAAGAUGUAAAAAUAGUUACAAAGAAUUAUGUUAUUCCAAAGUCGACCACAGUAGUGAUCGUACAAUUCAUGACGCAUCGCUUAGAGAAAUAUUAUCCGAAUCCAACUGUUUUUAAUCCAGACAACUUUUUACCGGAAAAAAUGCAGCAAAGACAUUAUUACUCUUACAUUCCUUUCAGUGCUGGGCCCAGGUCCUGCGUCGGACGGAAAUAUGCUAUGCUGAAACUAAAGGUUUUGUUGUCGACAAUAUUGAGAAAUUACCGUGUCAUUUCCGAAAUACCGGACAAUGCUUUCCAUCUGCGAGUUGACAUUAUUCUGAAAAGGCAUGAUGGAUUCAAGAUCAAACUCGAACCGCGCAAGCAAGUACCUUGUAAAGAAGAGUAAUCGGGAAUUAACGAUCUUUCAUUCGCGUAAAGCAUCAACCAAUCAAAUAUAAAUAUAUUGCAAUGGAUUUCUUAAAUAAUAUUAAGGAUAAAGAUGGAAAAAUGAACAUAUUUUAUGUAUUAUAUUUAAAAUACUAAAAAUAUCGUCAAGAUACAUUGUAUUUUACAAUU